UUCUGUUUGCAUUCGAUCGCCAGUCGCAUUUGUCUUCUGCCCAAGGCAGAUGUGCUUUAAUCGCACCGCUUUAUUAAAUAUAGACUGACGCAAUGAUCAUACAACGCCUGGCAGCCUUCUUCGCAUUGCUGCUCCAGUUACUAUGCCCUACUCUAGGUCAACAGUACCCCAACUACCAUGCGGACUUUGUGGGCAUGGGGGGACAGGGCGCUGACCUCAAGUGGUGGCAGACCGCGGCCUUCUAUCAGAUCUACCCAAGGUCAUUUAAAGACAGCAACGGCGAUGGCGUGGGUGAUCUGAAUGGCAUCGCGGAGCAACUUCCCUACCUCAAGGAGCUGGGAAUCACGGCCACUUGGCUGUCGCCCAUCUUUACCUCACCGAUGGCUGACUUUGGCUACGAUAUAGCCAACUUCACUGAGAUUGCUCCUAUUUUCGGAACAAUGGCGGACUUUGAGCACCUGAUGGAGGUUGCCAAAAAGCUAGAGAUCAAGAUCAUCCUGGACUUUGUACCAAACCAUUCGAGUGAUGAAUGUGAGUGGUUCCGUCGUUCGGCGGCUCGUGAUCCAGAAUUUAAGGACUUCUACGUAUGGCAUCCUGGGCGUAUGGAGAACGGAAAUCGCCAUCCGCCCUCCAAUUGGAUCAGCGUUUUCCGGGGAAGUGCCUGGCAGUGGCAUGAAGGUCGCCAGGAGUUCUACCUGCACCAGUUCGUGAAGAAGCAACCGGAUCUGAACUAUCGGAACCCAAAGGUCCGGGAGACCAUGAGUAACGUUUUAAGAUUUUGGCUAGGCAAGGGCGUAUCCGGUUUUCGCAUUGAUGCAGUACCCCAUGUGUUUGAAAUAGCGCCGGAUGCGCAGAAUCAGUAUCGCGAUGAGCCGCGAAACUACUGGGACAACGACCCCGACGACUACGGCUAUCUGCAGCACAUCUACACCAAGGAUCAGCCAGAGACCAUUGACCUGGUGUACUCGUGGCGGGCGGUGCUGGACGAGUUCCAGCGGGAGCACGGCGGAGAGGACCGCAUCUUAAUGGCCGAGACCUACUCACCCAUCGAUAUCGUGAUGCAGUACUACGGCAAUGCGACGACGGAGGGCGCUCAGCUGCCAUUCAACUUUCUACUGAUAAGCGAGCUGUCCAACUCGUCGAAUGCGCACGCCUACGAGGGAACAGUGCUCAAAUGGCUGCAGCACAUGCCCAAAGGUCGCACCGCCAACUGGGUGUUGGGUAACCACGAUCAGCCCCGAGUGGGCUCCCGGUUGGGCAGGGAUCGGGUGGACAUGCUGAACAUGCUCACUUCCACGCUGCCCGGCGCCAGUGUCACCUACCAGGGUGAGGAGCUGGGCAUGACCAAUGUGUGGAUCUCGUGGAAGGACACGGUGGAUCCGUCGGCCUGCAACACCAAUCCAAGCAUCUAUCAGCAGUACUCCCGCGAUCCGGAGCGAACGCCCUUCCAGUGGACCGAUGGCCAGGACGCUGGGUUCAGCAACUCCAGCAAGACCUGGCUGCCCAUCGCCGUGGAUUACAAGCAGGUGAAUGUGGAGCUGGAGCGGCAGAAGCCCCUCAGUCACCUGAACGUCUUCAAACAGCUCUGGCUGUUGAGGAAGCAGUCCCAGACCCUUCAACGCGGCGAAACUGAAGUGAAGGCCCUCAGCGACGCAGUUUUGUCCGUUAAAAGGUAUCUCGAACGUGAUUUCACCUAUUUGACCCUCUUGAACAUUUACGACGGAGUAGAAACCGUAAAUCUGUUGCAGAGUUUCCCAGACUUGCCACCUCAGCUCAAAGUUGUUGUGGUCACAGAGCGAUCCCAAGUCAAAGUGGGCGAUCUCGUGAACUCCACAUCGCUGCAGUUGCAGCCCAAGGAUUCGCUGGUCCUGCAGACCCCCUCCUCGUAUUACAGCUAUGUCACCAACGGAGAGACCCGUUUUCUUCCCGUGCUGGGGGCUUAUCUAUGGUUGGCUCAAGUGGUUCUCUAUUUAACCAACCGAUGAGUAACCUCCCUAUAAUUCAUCUGCUGGUUAAUAAUAAAAUACUCACAAUAAACUCAUUCAAAGCA